AUGCAAGCCAACAUCGACCGCGAAUACAUGAAUGCUCUAGCAGAAGCUGCUGAUGAUGGAGCUAUUACCGAAAAGGACGUGAAGCAUCUCAGUUCUGGUAAUGUAAACUCUGUUGAGGGAGGAGCCGAUGAAUUAGCCAAAAAAGAAGGUGGGAUGCUGCUCUAUAAAGUUAUGCCUACAUCUUCCAAAAAGAGACUUGCUGAGCUUUCCGAGCAGAAAAUGCAUCUUCGUAAUCGUGGAACGCAGACUGAUAUAGUAUUGCUUGAGGUAAGACGUAAAGGUGAAAUGGAGCUGAAUAACGAACUUCCACCACAGAAAGGGUCUCCAAUUCGUGCGCCAUCUUCUGGAUUUCGCAUUGCAAACGUGGUUCCCAUCUCUGGCGACGAUCCAAAGCCAACAAUAAGGACAACAACUAUUCGCGAAGAUGAAGUUUAG